GUUACGUCCGCUUACAAAAACACUGUGGUUUCCUUGACCCGUUAAAUGUAUCCGAUCAUAACAACAAUUUACAUAAGUGACUGUUUAUUUAGGUUUCCGUAUUUCCCCCGUUACUAAGAAUGAGAGGGAACUCAACGUGGACGCACCUAUGUUACGAAUUCCUUCAAAUAUAGACCACUUUGCGUCCAAUUUAAACUGACCCGCGGGAGAUGCGGCAAGAUCCCCGCUGACGUCACAAUCACGCGAGGUCGAAGAGGAGAGGGAGCUCAAAUUAAACUGGUUUUUAUUCCCUGGCGCCAAGCUUCGAUCGGAGGGCUCUACUCUUCGCAAAAAGCACUCAACCGAGCGUCGCGAGCGGACGUUUCCGAACACCGGUUUUGGCGCGAGUUUCGAACGUCAGAUGUUCUAUUUUCAAAAAUGAUUCGCGCGUUUUUCUUUCUUUUCUUAACGGCUUCGGCCAGUGCUGUACUAACAACUUUUAAAAUCGACGAGGAAUGUUUGAACUUCACAGUGUACCCAGUGCAAUACGAAUUGACGAUUAUACCGAAAAUAUAUACGACUCAGUCUUUUAAUUAUAAUUGUGAGUUAGUUAUAACUGUUAUAGCUAAUGCUCCACAUGUGAGGAUGAUUGAGCUUGACGCUAAAGAUUUGGGUAUAGACUCAGUGAACGUUUAUAAGGAUGGUUACGAUAUAAUUAGUAGAAAUACGCCGUUUAAUCAUGAUACGGAGAGGGGUAAAUUGUUCAUUUACCUGAGUGAACCGUUGAGGGAGUACAAAGUGUACAACACUCGGUACCAGAUCAAGAUUAAGUUUAGGAAAAAUGUGUUUUACGAUUCUUCGGGAAUAUUUGCUGUUAAGUAUGACGAUGAAAUGGAAGGAAUCAAGUACAUGCUCCUAACGCGUCUCUCGCGCGGCCAUGCGAAGUACUUCUUCCCUUGCUUCAGCAACGAGCGUUUUGAAGCUGUGUUCAAGUUCCGAGUCAACACGCUGACGGGGGCUCAUGGCAUGCAGUACACCAACUCCAGCCUGGUUAUAGCUCAGGAACAGAGGACUAAAACGGACAAAGAUGGCUACAUAUUCAUCGAGUAUCUGCCGUCUCCUCAAGUAUCCUUAAACGAAGUCGGUUUCGUCUACUCUCAAUUCUCCAACUCGUCCAUCAGAUCAAGAAACUCCAAUGACACCAUCGUUAUCUGGGCGCCUGGUCCUUUCCUCGUGCAAUACAACUAUAUCCUCAAGUUUGGACAAUCCAUUAUGGAGUUUAUUCACGACUACGCUGGUAUUAAUAGGAACAUCACCACUGGACCGAUCAAUGUGGUGCCAGUGCCUUCUAAUUUGGAUGGAUAUGAAAUUGGCAGUUGGAAUCUUUGGACUAAUGGCGAUUUCAGAUUAAAAUACCAACCAGAACUCAUCAGCAUCCGUCAGAUCGAGAAGAUGACGUUCGACUUCACUCAGCAGCUUUGUCGGGUGUGGCUCGGUAACCCGGGGGAAGAGCGGCGGACAAGUUGGAGGGAAGAGUGGUUUAAGGAGGGCAUGGCGACGUACUUCGCGUAUUACUUCUUGGGAAAGUACCACCAAACCGGAGAGCACCAAUCAGGCUGGCCCUACGGUUUCUACGGGCUCGAAUCAAGACAUAAUGCCAUGAGCGUAGACUGGUACCACAGCACCCCAGCGCUCAUCAACUUCAACAGAACAUUAGCUGUCGACAUUCCCAACAGACAUAAGGAGUUGGUGACUAUGAAGACGGCUGCUUUGCUAUGGAUGGUGGAGAAUUGGAUUGGUCCCGAGAAGUUCCAUCCGGCGCUGGUGAAAUAUAUUAACAUGAGGAGAGGAUCCUUCAUCAACUUAGAAGACUUCAUGAUCAACCUAGAUAAAGAGACCGUGGAGUGUUUCCACCAGUUCUCCAACGGCACCACCUCCUCCAUGGUGCUCAACUCCUGGUUCCGGUACCCUGGGUACCCGGUCAUCAAUGUUCAUGUGUACAGGGAUAGGUUGCCUAAUGUCAUCACUUUGAAACAGCGAACGUUCUCCUUCACCAAAGACUUCCGCUACGACUCUAAGUACCUGAUCCCCAUCUCCUACGUGGCGCAGUACCAGGAGAACUGCUUCAACUGCCACCAGCCCAGGUUCAUCAUCAGCACACCCGUCUACACGUUUGGGGAGAACUUGGAUGGAGGAUGGAUUCUUCUCAAUCGACAUGCUUCUGGGUAUUACCGAGUGAACUACGACGUGGAAACGUGGAAGCUCAUCGCCAAAACGCUGCGAAACGAACAUAAUGCCAUUCACCAGCUGAAUCGGGCUCAGAUUGUCAAUGACGCCUUCGCUCUUUAUACCUCUGGAGACCUCAGUUACGAUCUCGCGACAGACAUAUUAAGCUACUUGGAGAAGGAACAAAGCUACGUGGUAUGGGAGUCGGUGAUUUCUGGCUUCGAGCUGCUGAAGACGAAGGAUGCUGCUUGUAACUUUACUAGAGCUCUUUAUGAGGAGUGGAGGCAAUUCAUGCGUAAGCACGUGGCAGGGAUUUACGCGCGCCUGAUCCAAGACUUGGAGCAGCAGCCAAAGACCCGGCUCUUCCGCAGCAACAUCAUCAAUUUUGCGUGCGCCUUGCAGCACGAGUCGUGCGUUAAUCGCGUUCUGAACCUGUACUAUCAGACCAAGGGCAGACGACACAGACUAGACCCUGACUCCCGUCAAGCCUGCUACUACGCAGUUCUGCGUGAGAGCGGGGAAGUGGCCUACCAGCUCAGAACUGACAAUCUGACCAGUUUCGAGAACGAAGAUAGAACAGUCGCAAAACAUUUGGCGGAAAACGAACAACGUUUAAUAUAUAGACUGCCUCCUGGAAUAAAACCUAUAGCGAAUCUCAUACUCAACAGCACAUCUACCUUACCAACAUCAAACCCUACAGCACAGGCAUUAGACAAAGACAAUCCGGACUCAAGUACAUCAGUUCAAACUUCAAUAGUAUGCUUCAUACUAGCCUAUGUGGUUACUAUCCUAUUUUAAUUAUUGGUAUUAUUAAGGUUCGAUAACCUAAGUAAGUUCGUAACUGUGUGUAAUUUCAAACUCUUUUGAAUUUCGCUUUUGAAUGACUCUAAAUGAAAAAAGGGCAUUUCAGAAAAGUGUCGGGUACGUAGGUAACACUAUAUUUCUAUAACACUAUUUCUGACUUGCUAGCAUGAGUUGCGUUCUCACGCGCGACUCCAUACAUCUAGCGCGACUUCAAGUAUGGACUCGCGGCUGAGAAUACAACGCAACUCAUGCUAGCCGGUCUGAUAAAGCUGAAGUAAAGUAAACAUCUAUAUUUGCGUUAAAUGUGGUUAACAAAAGAAGAAGAGCUAAGAAGCCGAUAUUUGGCAUGAAUAGCACGUAACGUAAAACGUAACAUUUUAUAAAUUAUUUUGUAAUUCCACGGAAUAAUAAUAUAUAUAUCUGUUGAUUAUUAUGGUAGUUACCAUACGUGUCACGACUCACGUCCCCGACAAUUAAGGUAGACCUUUUUGUGGAAUGCCCCAAAAUAAGGGUCCGAUUUCUAUGGAAUCACGAAAUCACGAUGCUUUUUGUUGUUGUUUAUGUUCAUACAUUUUAACUUAUAAUGAGCAUCAGUUUCGCUAAGAUUUCGUGUAAGUUUUGAUAUAUAUUUUAGUUUAGACUACCCAACGUACCUAAUGUAUAUUUUACACUUCAUAAAUUCUAACAAAACGUAUUUCUACCUAUUAAUAUUAAAGGAACAUUCCAAAAUAAAUAACUAUGUUAUCGACUCUGUUAAAAAUCAGUUGCUCCUUUUUGAACUAUUUUGAUAUACUUAUACUUACUUGUUGUUUGUGAACUUGUCAAAUUGUCACUUUUGUCAUUGAAUGUAAAUCCUGACAAGAUUAUAAUAUAAAGAUUAGAAAAUCUGCAACAUAGCGAAGGCUAAAUACAAUUCUGUUGGGGUUUAGUUGCGACACAACAUAUUUGUAUAAUGAUAUAUUUGAUUUUUUGAUGAGUAAUUUAGCCGUUAUGACAUUAUCUAGUCAUUAAAUAA